AAGUUCUUAGCCCGCUGCCCGCGUUUUUCAUUUCUUUACAUAUCAUCCACGCCCAUCCCACUUUCUAAAGUCUCAAUCACGCGUUCAGCACGCGUUUCCUCUAUACUGCAUGAAUCGGAAAGAAAAUUCCCGUCAAAUCUGAGCCUCACGAAGCUAAGAUUCCUCCUGCGCCCCUAUCUACGUCUGCUUCUGUGAACACAGCAUCCUCAAACGUUCAGGUCAAACCAGAGCCAGUCUCUGACUCUCUAACAGCCAACUCUUCCCAUCUUUUCCGCAAUAUGGAUGAUGCGCAUUCACCAAACGCGUCGCCAGUUUCAGCCGAAAGAAAAAAGUACACCGUUUAUCGGUCUGUCGGGGACGUCCCUUAUUCGUCAGAUUCAGCUCUUCGAGAGGGUUUAGAGAUGGUUAAAUGCCUGAAAGCCUACAUGGGCAGAUUAAAUCUGGGGAGCAAACUUAGACAGAAUGUUUGGAAUAAGGAUUUGUUAAACCUCCAGGCUCAGUCCACUCCAAAAACAUUGAUCGCUGUCUGCGGAGCCACCGGCGCUGGAAAGUCGUCCAUUCUGAAUGCUCUUCUUGACGAUAACAUCGUACCCACUUCUGGCAUGCGAGUUGUUACCGAGAUAGCGUAUCACUCCGAACGUACAAUAGACGCCGAUGUUUCCUUUCUGAACGCUUCCGAAUGGAAACAAGAGCUCUCAAUCCUUCAGUCUGAUCUAGUCGAGGAAGAUGGGAGUCUCAAACGAACUCACGACCUCAAGAGUGAUGCUGGUGUCGCCUGGCAAAAGGUUCAUGCUGUAUAUCCUACUCUAACGCAAGAAAGACUGGUUACAAUGACUACUGACCAGAUAGUCGUUCAUGAUCCUAGGAUUGCGCAGCUUCUUGGCAGCACCAAGCAUAUAUCCGCUCGGAACUCUCGACAAUUUGGUGAGGAGAUUGCCAAGUAUAUUGAUUCCAAAGACCAGAGUCGCGGUAAAAAGGACAAGAAGAAACAGAAGAACGACGAGAAAUCCCUUAUGGACAAGGUUCGUGAGGCAGCUGGUGUCAGUAAGAAAAAGGAUUGCAAUGGACCGGCUUUCUGGCCGCUUAUCCGGCAAGUCAACGUUCGGUGUCCUGCCGAAUGUCUUUCUUCUGGAUGCAUUCUUGUUGACCUUCCUGGUGUUGCCGAUGCCAAUGCUGCUCGAAACUCUAUUGCUAAGGACUAUAUGAAGAGAGCUCAGUGCAUUUGGAUCCUUGCACCUGUAACGGUUGAUGACAAGACUGCACGCGAUCUACUUGGAGAUGCGUUCAAACUGCAACUGAAAAGUGAUUAUGACGACCACGCCAUUACUUUCAUAGCGAGUAAAACCGACGACAUCAGUUGUUCAGAAGUCAUCAGUGCAUUGCACCUCGAGGAUGACCCCGAGCUUGAAGCAAUUGAGGAUGACCUUGAAAAAAUCAACGAGGAGAUAGAGGAGGCCACAAUAACGAAGAAAAAUCUAGAUAGAACCAUAAAAGGUAUCGAAAAGGAGCUUAAAUUUCUUCGCGCUGUUUAUAAAGAGCACGAAGAGCAUGUUGAGGCUCUCAAGGAUGGUGUCGAGUUCACUCCUGUUCUCACCCGAAGUGUUGCGUCCAAGUCCAAUGCUAAGAAGCGUAAGAAUCAACGUAAAGGCAAAAAAGGAUCUUCAAAGCGCAGACGCAACUCUGUGAACUCGGGGCAGGACAGUACUGACGACAUGGAAGAAGACGCAAGUGAUGACUCGGAUAGUGAAAUCGACAGCGACACUGACAAGGAGUCUGAUUCCGACGCUUCUGACGACAAAGGUUCUGAAUCCGAUCGCAGUGAACACUCUUGUGAUGAAGAUGGUAACAGUGAUAUUGAAGUCGAAGAGCUUGUUGAGGAAGCCACGGUAGAGAGCGUUAAAGCAAAGCUGGAGCACACGAAAGCCGAUAUUACGGCUUCGCGGGCUCGCCUGUCCGAAUCACGCAAAGACAAAAAGACCGUGCUCGAUCGCCUUGCCAAUUUGAAGAAGUCUUUAGGCAAGGUUCAAAAGACUAAGAACGGUUGGUGCUCUUUGAAGCGAUCUGAAUUCUCUCGUGACGUAUUGAAGGAAGAUUUCCGGACUGGUCUCAAAGAGCUCGAUGACGAGGCUGCCGAAGAAAAAGAUCCUCAAAAUUUUGACAGCAGUAUCAAUCAACGAGACUACGAGGCUAUCAAUUUGCCUGUUUUCACAUGCUCUAGUCGCGACUACAUACGCCUAACUAACCAGGUGAAGGGAGAUGGAGAGCCCACUUGUUUUUCCGACAAAGCCUCCACCGGUAUUCCUGAUCUUCAGGCGUGGUGCCAUACCUUGACGGUUGCAUCUCGUACACGUGCGGUCAAGAAUUUCUAUGAUUCUCUGAAGACUUUCGCAACCAACAUCAAUAGCUUCGUGAGCGGCAUUGGAGGCGUCACACCCGAAGAUCGACAAGCUUUGCAAGAUAAAUGGGAGUCGGAAAUGGACGAUGAAAACGAAUAUGAAUAUCCCUAUACGUCUGAUUCCGAAGUGGAUGACGAUCCAUUCACCGCAUUCCUCAAUAGCCGGGCAGAAUACCAAGGUCUAAUUGCAAUGCAGCGUGACAAAAAGCCUUCCACAGGCAUCACGCCUAGAUUAACUGAUGAGUUUGGCAGACUCAUCCAGGAUUGCGUCGUUCAGCUUCAAGAACGGUUCAAGGAUGGCCUCGAGGACAAGUGCCGAGUUGGCGCUUCUCUGUCUGCUAAUGGAGCAGUUGAAAUCUCAGACUCCUUUGCUGCAUCUAUGCACUGGGGUUCAUACCGUGCGACACUGCGAAGACAUGGCGAAUUCCGUCGCAAUUUAAACAUAGAACUUCUUUCUCCAUUCACCAAAAACAUCGCAACCUCGUGGGGUAAGCUUUUCGAAACUGACCUGCUGUCCCACUUCGAGGAGACUGUGCAAGCUGCCAUCUGUCGUCUUCUUGAUGACAUGGUGGAAUCAGCAGCGGCCGGACUAAGAGAACGUGUCGGAAUGCAAGGUGACCUUUGCAAAGCAGAAGCGGACGUCGUGCUCAAACAGGUUGUUGCUGUUGUUCGUGACACAAUUACCACACAACAGAAAGAUGUCUCUCGAUGCUUGGCACCACAUGUGCAGAACAACCUCAUUGACGGUUAUGAUCUAGCUAUGGAGGAAACGGGUAAAGGUUCGGUUGCUCGUCAAAAGCUUGUUUUCCGUACUUUUCUCUCCGAGCGCAAAGAUGAUGUAUUCGAUGAAGGUGCCGAUACCAUAAUGGAGCGACUAUCAACCAUGUGUUCUUCGGUUGGAGAUGCACUCAAUAUUGCAUUCCGAGAGCUUGCGAAGAAGAUCGAGGUCAACCUUGCGAUACUUUGGGAGAAUGUCCAAGAUGAUCCCAAUGAAGCUGUAGGUCGAAAAGAAAUGAUGGAAACUAUCACAGAAAUCCUGGGUCAAGCGCAACUGUGGCUCAACGCUGCGAACGAGAAGUCCAAGAGCGCGUCUACCGUUGCUCAAGCUCUUCAGGACGUCGAUACAGAGAUGGACUGAUUCUCAAUGUUUCUGUGCUUGCUCCUUCGUGCUUAUUCUUAUUUGUUUAUUUUGCUUGUAUUGCUGAAAACCACCCUAUUGGAAUAUCCUGGAUACCAUAGUCCCCAUCCUAUUCUAGAUAUCUUGCUAUCAUAUUAAGUAGUAACAUAGUUUACAUACACUAACUCUUCCAUUGUGUAUAACAUUCAUUUGUCAUUUGACUUGCUCGAUGGAGCGACGCCUACCCAGGGGGCACCACAGGAUAAAAGCGCUGAGAUCGCAAUACCCGUUGGGGGUUGUUUGGCAACAGCUUUAGUUGCCGUAUUGCCGUGUUGCCGAUCAGCGCCG